CGGUUUUUAGCAAUACUAGCGCGACGCAGACGGCGACAAGUUUGUAGUUUUUUCAAGCUACAAAUACACCGUUCGUCAGAGAGCGAGGUCACUCAUUCAAACUACAUUUCCCCAAACCCCCGUGGUUACGUUUUGAACCAUUUAGCGACUGGCAGGCAAAGGAGGCUUCUUGUCUUUCACACUAACGUAACAUUACUGACUGCAGCUAACAGUGUUCAAUAACUGCAGCGACAAGAUGGGUGUAUCGGAUUUACAGUUUGAUACAAAUGCUGGACCUGUGGUGGAUCUUUCUGCCCAGGGUUUGCAAAAACUGGAUCCCAACUUCACCUGCUCUGAGGACACUCACACCCUCAUCCUGGACCGAAACCACAUAAUGAAGCUGGAUCAUAUGGAAAGGAAUCCAGGCCUCCAGCAGCUUUCUGUGGCCAGUAACCGCUUGGUAAGAAUGAUGGGUGUAUCUCGGCUUACAGAGUUAAGAGUCCUCAAUCUUCCCAAUAAUAGUAUUGGUUAUAUUGAAGGACUAAGAGAUAUGCCUCACCUCAAAUGGCUCAACCUGUCUGGUAACAAUAUAAAGGUCAUUGAACAGCUAAACAACUGUGUUUCCCUUCAACACCUGGAUCUGUCAGACAACAACAUAUCUGUCAUUGGUGAUUUGACUAAACUGGUGGCAUUAAAGACACUUUUACUACAUGGAAAUAGCAUUACAACACUUCGUACAGUUCCUGCGCACCUACCUGCACAUUUAUCCAUUCUCUCCCUGGCAGAAAAUGAGAUUAGGGAUCUAAAUGAGGUGUCUUACCUAGCACCUCUACAUGAGUUGGAGCAACUGUCCAUAAUGAGCAAUCCUUGUGUUAUGGCUACACCCUCAUUACCAGGAUUUGAUUAUCGACCAUACAUCAUGAGUUGGAGCUUAAGUCUUAAGGUCCUGGAUGGUUAUGUAGUGUCACAGAAAGAAGGUCUCAAAGCAGAGUGGCUGUACAGUCAGGGUAAAGGACGGUCAUAUCGGCCGGGGCAGCAUGUUCAGCUGGUUCAAUACCUGGCUACUGUUUGCCCUCUGACGUCAUCGCCGGCUCUGGAGACAGCUGAAGAUGCCAAGCUGGAGAAGAUCCUGAGUAAGCAAAGGUUUCACCAGAAGCAACUGUUGGAGGAGAGCCGGGGAGGUUGUCCCAGCCCUCCUCGUCCAACCCAAUUGGAUGUGGAAAAACACAGUCCAUCACAUGUAGCCUCACAAGAGGGAGCUAGAGAGAUGAAGAAAACCACAGCACCUGCAUCAGCUGCUGCUCAGUCGGCCCAGGAUAAAGAACAUGUGAAGGAGCCAGUUGUGCAGUUCAAUACCUGGGUGAGCUGCGAUGGAUCACAAACAUCACUACCAGUGAUUCAUAGCCCAAGACUUGGAGAGGAGCACAUGUAUUUGGAGGAUGUGCAGACAGAUGAGGACAAACUCAGUAGCAGUAUGCUUUCAUCAGGGUCCACCUUUAUCCCCUUCACAUCUGACAUCGAGCCACAACCAGGCCACUCUGACAGCGAGGAUGAGACGGAAACAUUUGAACCAGAUUCUUUGGCUCCGAAGUGCCCACCACAGAAGAAGAAGCACAACACUCAGAAAGAAGAUUUUUCACCUUCAUCAGAUAAACAAAACAGGGUGACUUUGGAGCAAGAGGUCAUUUCUGCUGCAGGUCUUCAUAGCAGUAGUGCAGUUAGAGUUUGCACACUGCAAAAUGAAAUCGAAACAUCAUCUGAGGGUGAAAUAGCAGAGAGAAGUGAAGCUCCCAAGCAGGAAGAAGCUGUUAACUCUGUCACAAACUCGAAUUUAGAUAAGGCAGAGACAGCAGCAGUUAUAAUACAGUCAUGGUGGAGGGGUCAGUAUACUCGAUGUCACCACCCCAUGGCCAGAGAGGUGCGCAGUGAAAUCCGGCUGCGGAGGAUGCAAGACCACAUUGUCUUCCUCUCUGAAAAGCUGGACAGGGUGCAGCAGCAGUAUGAGGAAGAAAGGUUACAAAGGAUGGUUCAGGAGGAAGCUGUGAAGUUUUUGUGGAAACAGCUCCAGUCUAUGCAGCAGUGGAAACAGUCUGUGGAGCAGCAGCUAGCUACCAUUAGCCGACCCCCUCAGAUCUCACCUUUGAGAUCACAUGAGGUUGCAGUGGCUGUUGCAUCCAGUACCACAAACCCAGCAAGUACUGACGUCUCCUUCCCAGACUCCGGUUUCCAGUCGUCCACUGAGCAGCAGGGUGCGCAAGAGGACAGCUUCCUAAGCAGCGGCACUGCAGACUCUUUGAAAACCGUGCGUGCCCUGAGCCCCGCCCAUGGAGGUGAUGGCGUGGACAGCUCAGACUGCAGCCUGCUGGAGCAGUACCUCUCCUCUGUGCAGCAGAGGGAAGAGGAAGCUGAAGACGGAAUGAGUGAUAGAACAGAAACACCACAGCCAUCCUCACCAAACACAAAAGCAAAGUCCAACUCCCCUCUAAACAAGGCUGUAGACAAACAGUCAGAUGAACAAAGAACUGUGGAAAACACUGCAGGCGAGUCUGAGAUCCUGCACAGAAAAGACACUAGUGGGUGUAUAUAAACUGACUGUGACUGAUGUAGAGAUAUGUGGCCUACACUCAUCUUGACUACAGACCAAGAACUCCAGUAACAGUACACUUAAUUUCCUUUUACUGAAGCACUAGGUAGUUAACUGAUGCCAAGACAGCACUGAAACAUAAUAAGUUACUUUGAAUGUACUGUAUCUUAAUCUUAUUUAUGAGUCACUACUUAGAUCUAUACUGUUAUUAAAUUAACAUUUCCUGUUUGUGUAAAGAGGGGACAAUGAUGACCAAGCAUGUUUAAGCUAACUGUCGUCAUUGAUGUCCACACCGUUAAACACACAUCAUAUCCUGCAGUGCUAGAGUAGGACAGGAGUCAAACAUAGUGCAGCUAUAACCAUAUGACCAUACCAUACAUUAUGCAACAAUUAGGCAGAGAAAAAAAAAUUAAAGCCUUAGUUUUUACAAGUUGUUUUUUUUUUUGUGACGUGGGUUAAGAGAAAUGUUGCACAUUUGUCCUCUUAAAAAUAUGUAAAUAAAUCUCCUAUUAUUGUUUUCCAGAUAUUCUAUUUUGGUUUUCUUGCAACUGUGUGGUGAACUGUUUUAGGCACUAACAAUACUCAUUUUUAUUAUCAGUUGUAUUUUUCUGGAAUACAAUGAAUUCAAACAUAUUGGUCAAUAUUGAGACCAGCAAUAUCUCAUUUACACUCAGGUGUGUAUGUUUUCUAUUUAUAUCAAGCAGAGAGGCAUAUCUCCAAUUACUAUUGGUACAAUGAAUAGUUAACCAUUGAAGAUGUGGAUAACAGGCA